AUGGGGCUGCGGAGUGAGAGUGAGGGGGGGAGGUGCAGUCACCCGGGGACGAGGCAGGCAGUCGUGGGGUCCGGGCCUCCUGCAGAGACUCCAUGCACACCAGACCCGUGUCCCCUGCAGACUGACAGGGAGCACCUGACCGCAGAGGCCAAGGAGCUGCGCCAGAAGGUCAAGUACCUGCAGGACCAGCUGAGCCCCCUCACCCGGCAGCGGGAGUACCAGGAAAAGGAAAUCCAGCGGCUCAACAAGGCCCUGGAGGAAGCACUGAGCAUUCAGGCCUCCCCGUCCUCUCCAACAGCAUUUGGGAGCCCAGAAGGAGCUGGAGGCCUGCUAAGGAAACAGGAGCUGCUCACGCAGAACGAAUUGCUGAAACAGCAGGUGAAGAUCUUUGAGGAGGACUUCCAGAGGGAGCGUAGUGACCGGGAGCGCAUGAAUGAGGAGAAGGAAGAGCUAAAGAAGCAGGUGGAGAAACUGCAAGCCCAGGUCACCCUGUCCCACGCCCAGCUAAAAGCCUUCAAAGAUGAGGAAAAGGCGAAAGAUGCCCUGAGACAGCAGAAGAGGAAAGCAAAGACCUCAGCAGACCGCUACCACCUGGAGCCCCACCCAGAGCACCUCUGCGGGGCCUGCCCCUACGCCUACCCGCCCAUGCCCCCCAUUGGGCCGCACCCCGGCUUUGAGGACUGGUCCCAGAUCCGCUACCCCCCACCCCCCACGGCCAUGGAGCACCCGCCCCCACUUCCCAACUCACGCCUCUUCCGUCUGCCAGAAUACACCUGGCGGCUGCCCUGUGGAGGGGUACGUAAUCAGAGCUCCCAAGUGAUGGACUUACCUACGGCCAGGCCUACGGAACCAGAGUCCACCAAAAAUGACCGUGAAGGACCUCAGUGAAACCAGUCCCUUGGCUCCACCUUCGUCUCACAGAGCCAGCCGACUUCAGAUUACUGGAAAGCUAGAGGCCACAGGCUCUGUGUGGCCAGAGCUGCAGCCACUUGGGAGGCUGAGAUGGAUGGCCGCCUUGAGCCCUGGCCCCAACCUGGACGGUCUGCAGACUAGAGAGGCUCCAUCCAGAAGGUGUCCAUCUGGGCCUCUCCUUUGGAGUGACUGGGAAAAGCCCACUACUGUGCCCCCAAGUGGAGAGAGGUGUCAUCUGGCCUGGACCUGCCGUCUUCUGCGGACACUGCUGGCAGAUGUCAAUCUCCAGGUGGUGCAGUCGAGACCCCCGUUGGCCAAGGGGCUCCAGCCUGGAGCCGCCAGGCCCUCAGCUGGAGGCUCAUGGUGUGGAGGCCUGGACUGGGGUGGUUCUUGAUCCCUGGACAGCUGUUUGCACGAAUCUUGGACAUAAAUCCUAGUUGGAGAUCA